AUGACGAGCCCUGACUCGCAAACGGAAGCGUUGGACGACGAGUACCUCGACACUGUAACCAUCCAAGGUCGCGAAUUUCAGAAGUUCUCGAUCGACCAUCAGAUAUUCUUCGAGCCGGUAGAUGAAGAAGAGGCAGAACGACUCGAGCUCCAGCACCAGGUUUUCAGCAAAGUUUUUGACAACCGACUAAUUUUCCCGCCUAUCCCGCGGCCUCGAAAAGUCCUCGAUUGUGGCUAUGGGACUGCUUCGUGGGCUAUCGAGGCUGCGGAGCGCCACCCGGAAUGCGAGGUAAUCGGUCUGGAUAUAUUCCCAUAUAUGAACCCAGAUGAGAUACCGGAGAAUCUAUGGCUACAGGUCGAUGAUCUGAACCGCCCGUUCACUUUCCCUCCGAACCACUUCGACCUCGUCCACUCAAGGCUGCUCGCAACAGGUAUCAACCGAGACCGCUGGCCAUCCUAUAUUCGAGACAUUAAAAGAGUCUUAAAGCCAGGAGGUUGGGUGCAGUUAGUCGAAAUAUACUUCAAUGUCCAGUCAGACAACGGUUCGAUUACCGAGCAGCAUGCAUUGAGGCGAUGGAGCACGCAAUUGAUGGGCUCCUUGGAGGGAGUGAAGGAUCUUCGAGUGGGGACGAGAUUGAGGAAUCUUUUGACAGCCGCGGGGCUGACGGAGGUCGACGCUCGAAUGAUUCCACUUCCCCUGUCUGCAUGGUCAACAGACCCAAGGAUGCGAGACAUAGGCGCCAUGAAUAUCGAAAACGUUAAAAAGCUGCUUCCCGCGCUGGGACUUUAUCCAUUUACGCAGCACCUGCGGAUGCCCCCACAGCAGUUUGCGGAGCUGAUAGCGCAAGCACAGGAGGAAGCCGACACCCCUAGUCUUAAGGCCUAUUUCCCUUUGUAA